GUAAAAAUAAUCUUUUUGUGGGAUAUGCUACAUUCUAAAUACUUUUAAGAACUCUUAGGAAAAAUUUUAUAUCUAUCCUGACUUAUGUCUGGCAUCAACUGAAUAUGCAGAAUAUUUGUGAUCAACUUGCAGUACCUGCUGUAAUAAUUAACGAAACAAUCAAGAUUGACAUUUUUGUGUAAAACUAUCAUGGUGCUUUGGUCCUUCAACAUAUAUAUCAGUUAUAUUUCAGAUAAGUUACAGUAUAAGAUUAAGUUUAUUGCUAAUAACAGGAUAUACUUUUAAAAUUCUUUAAUAGUUACAAAUAACAACUAUAACAACCAUCAGUCUUAAUAGGUAAGAAGGUUACCUAUAUAAUAUUUGUAUCUAGUAUCAUUAAUCUGAAUUUGUUUACUUCUGUAUUUGUCUUAUGUAUCUAAUAGAUUAUAAUGUAUAAGGAGGGAGUAGUACUAUGUAAACAAUAUAGUAGCAAGUAGUAUCCAGUUUAUAUAUAACAAAUUGUAAAGUAUAUUUACAAACAAAACUGGAAUCAAAUUAUUCUAUAUAUGUUUGACUUUUGCUAAUAUGCGAAUUAUGUAAUAACUAUUAUUUCUAUUUAUCAUUUGCCUGUUUAUAUUUUACAUAUGUAUCGAACAAAUUGUUAAUAGGUAUAUGAAGUCUUUGAGACUAAGCAAAUUACUUAAGGUAUCUAUAAAUGAAAAUAUCUUCUCCAGUUAAUGUAUUCUGUUCACAAAAUACUGAAACAGUAAAGAAAGUGUUCAUAUAAUUACACAAUAUACCAUGUGUAUUGAUAUGUGAUAAUGUUAUUACACUCGUAUCAGUUUUACUAAACGUAUUUGCAUUACGGAAUUCAAUUGGAUUAUAAUGGAUUCUAACUGAAAUAUAUAUAUAUAUAUAUAAUUAUGCACUUAAUAAUGCGAUUAUUAUCUUCUACUGUUUGAUACUUGUAACUUAUAACAAUUGUCUUGAAUUAUGUCUUAAAUUUGAAAAGUUAUAAGCGCACUUAUCUUUGAUCUUCAGAGAAGUAAAUUAAAUAAGAAACAAAAGUACCUGGCAUCGUAACUAAGAGUGAAAAUAACAAUCAUUGUAUCAAUGAGACAAUUCUAUAAGACUUAAAAAUUCAAUACCAUUUUCAGUUUUACUAUUGUUAUCACUAUCAACAUUUUACUACAAAUCUUAUUUGCCAAUACGAAUAAUUAAUAAGAUCUGUUAUCACGAAUUGUAAGAAAAGAACCUACUAACAAUAUGUAAUCAUAUAAUAUUAUUUUUAGGCAAUAAGUCGUGAUUAAUAUUAAUUUGAUACAAAUUGAGUUGUAAUUUACUUUGUUUACAUUAAAUUUUUCAUGUGUCUGAUUAAUAAAAGAAUGUGGCUUUCUACAAACAGUUUUAAGUAUCUAUAAAAAAAUAUAAUAAUGGUAAAAACAAUAAAAAUAAGCCCUUAAUUCACAGAUAGAUGGAUAUUUCAAUAAAGAUGAAAUUUUAGUAGUAUAUUAGUGAUAUUAUUAUAAAUAUUGGUAAUAUUAAUGAUACGCUUUAUUAAUACUUAUAUAUAUAUAAAUAUAUAUAUAUAUGUGUGUGUUAAUACUUAUAUAUAAUGAAUUUAUAUAUAACAUGUAUUACAUGGAAAAUUGUUUGCAAUAAAUAACGUUUUGCAAUAUAUCGGAUGCUUCCUUACCAAAUUUGUAUUAGAUAUUUUCAAUUUUUUAACGCUAAAGCUUACGUUAGGAGCUCAUAUAUGUAUUCUGAAAUUUAAUCCUUUUAUAUGAGAUAGGAUAAUAAAGAAAUUUAAAUAUAAAUUAUGGUUAUAUGGCAACUUCCUUUACCAUCAUGGCGAUACUUCCUGAAAACAGUUCUUAAACUUACCGAGGAUAUGGCGCGACGUACAAAUUCUUCAAUAAAGGUUCGAAAUCAUGAAUCUGUAUGCAACCGCGUAUCGAUGGCAGCAGAUGUAUUGUCGAGUGGCUAUAAAGGUGAGCGGUGGGGUUAGGCACGGGGGGGAAGGAGGCAAAGGAAAGGUAAAGGUUAGAAGAGGUUAUGAACUCUAACCCACGGAUGGUUGACGAAGUCUAGCUGUUGCUAUGAACUGUCUAAAUGACACAUAGUCAAAUCUAUCGUCGUUAUUAAUAACAAAGGUAGAAAAGCAGGCAAGCGGGGCGAGAAUGCACCUGGCCGGUGUGUCUUGGCGGUAUACAAGAGAGUGACCUGCCAACCUGCCAGUACAGCGAACGGCCUGGCUGCGUUCACCUGUGCAAGGUUGUCUUUAAACUUCAGACGUGGUGUUUUUGUGCGCGAGAGCGCUCAUACCGAGUAAAAAGAUUUCGCAUAUAUACUACGAAUGUGUCAGUUUAUCGUGUUCUCUCGUCGUUUGAUUUAUUAAAAAGUUGUUUUUUGAAUAUAUAUUCGAAUAACGAAUAUAUAUAUACAUAUAUUCCGCGCGUAUUACCGCGUGGCUAGCUACGUUAUAUUUUCAGAACUGUGCGUGACCUGUGAGAGCGCCACCGCCGACACACGCAAAUGCGGUGAUACAGGUCGACCCAACAGAAAGAAAUGGACAGGGAUCAUAGGGAACCACAUGAUCACGAUAAUUUAAAUGAAAACGAGGAGGAACGAAAAGUAGGAAUGGACUUCCGUAAUUUAUCUCGUCACCAUGGUAUGGAUCAUGUAGCUGAUGUUGAAACAGAGCGGGAUAUGGAAAUUGAUCAAAACGAUCGUGGUGAAAAUUUACAAGACGAUAAACUAGAUCAAAAUGUAGGAAGAAAUUUUCACAGUUUAGCGCAUCAUCCCGCUGUGAGAGAUAUGGAGAGGGAUCGAAAUAAUCAUGUAGACAAUGUACACGAUGAUAAAGUUGAUCACAAAAUGGGACGAGAUUUUCGUAAUUUGAGUUCUCAUGCAGGCAUUGUUCAUUUACACUCUGGAAUUGAACAUUUAAAUAAUGUUGACGUAGAGGUAAAAUUAGCAAGAGAUGUCCGUGGUUCUUUAGGUUUGGGACUGUCAUUAGAAUUAUGCGUAGUUUGUGGGGAUAGGGCUAGUGGAAGACAUUAUGGGGCAAUAAGUUGUGAAGGUUGUAAAGGAUUUUUUAAACGUAGCAUUAGAAAACAAUUGGGUUAUCAAUGUAGAGGAAGCAAAAGUUGUGAAGUUACCAAACACCAUAGAAAUCGGUGUCAGUAUUGUAGGCUUCAAAAAUGUCUUGCAAUGGGAAUGAGAAGUGAUUCUGUUCAACAUGAGAGAAAACCAGUGUUAGGCGAAUCAGCAGGAACAAAAGUAGGAAAUAGAAGUCCUAGGGUUAAACCAGAACCACAGCAAUCAGUAUCUGAGACUCCUCCAACUUGGGAACAACCUGAAAGCCCCAGUAUGGAAGACCAAAGCAGUGAUAGUGAUCUUAGUGAUGCAUUAACAUUAGCAAGAGAACGUUUACUUAUUUCGCAUGCAUUAGAUAGCAUGGCUAAACUUAUUGGAGAUAGUGUUAAUGGUUCGAGUGAGCCAGAAGAAGAAUGGACUGGCCAAUUAAUUUCCGAAAGACAUACGUUAUUCGAAUUAAGGGCACCAAGCCCAGCUCCUGCGUACUUAUCGAUACAUUAUAUUUGCGAGAGUGCCGCUAGAUUACUUUUUUUGUCAGUUCAUUGGGCUCGAGGAAUUCCGGCAUUUCAAGCAUUGCCAUCUGAAGUUCAAACAACGUUAGUGCGCAGUUCUUGGGGACAACUUUUUACUUUAGGACUUGCACAAUGUGCAUACACUUUAUCCCUUCCCAGUAUUCUAACAUCAAUAAUAAAUCAUUUACAAGCUAGUAUUGCGCAGGAAAAAAUUACAGCUAGUAAAGUGAAGUCUGUCACAGAACAUAUAUGUAGACUACAAGAUUGUGUUAGUUCACUUCAUAAAUUACAAGUGGAUUCCGUUGAAUACGCGUACCUUAAAGCGUUGACUCUUUUCAGUGCCGACAAUGUCUUAGCCGGCGUGUGGCGUAAAAAGGUUGAAGUUUUACAAGAAGCGGCGUGGACAGAAUUACAACAACGCGUAGGAUCCAACAGGUUACCUCGCCUUCUUUUAAGGCUUGCACCACUUCGUUCAAUUAACCCUAGGGUCUUGGAAGAUUUAUUCUUUGCAGGUCUUAUCGGUAGGGUAAGCGUAGCUAGUGUCGUGCCUUAUAUUCUUACUAUGCAAGAUUACAAAGCUGAACCUGAAAGUCAUAUGGGGUGACAAUUACUAAUUGUGCAAUGUAAAUCGUGACCUAAAAAAGUGAUAUCUAUAAAUACAUACAUAUGUUAUAUAUAUAUACAUAUAUAUACACACACAUAUAUAUAUAUAUAUAUAUAUAUAUAUAUAUACACACA